AGAAAAGAACCGGGCUGGGACCCGAAUAGAAGUGGGUUGGGCGUCGGGUAUAAUCGGGAAGCUGGGGAUCCCCUUUGCCCUUUCUCCCUCCUUCGCUGAUAAAAGCGGAAAAUAGCGAAGGUUUGAGGUUUUUCCCAUUCCAAUUGUGUCGAGGAAGAGAAAUCUUCUCUUUACUCGUUACACCCUCGGACCUAUCACCUUUAAUUUUUUUGCUUUGAUGGACCAUUCUUUUUCAUCAUAGUAAUUCAUUGGUAGCAUUUAUUGGUUUUUUUUUUUUUCUUGCAACUGUAAAAAAAAUUUGAAAUUACCAAAUAGCUUAAACAUGGAGGAUAUGUCCAAUCACGGCCAGGCUCCCAAUCCCAAUCAAAAUGAUAACCAGAAUCAAACGGAAGAGCAACAGCCUGUGGAAAGAGAGGAGCAGCAAGAAGAAGAAGACGAGGAGGAGAAAGAAGAAGGGAGGAGGGAAGACGAGGAAUUAAUGGCAAAGGCGCAGGCUCUCAUGGAAAAGAUCACUUCUUCUCCCGAUAACCCUAAUCCUACGGUGCUUCAUGCCCUGGUCUCUCUUAUCGAAACUCAGGAGUCUCUAUACCUUGAAGAGAAUGGUCCUUCUUCCAGCAAUGGUCGUGCCUCUCAUAAUGUUGGGCGGUUGGGGAGCUUAGUCAGGGAGAAUGACGAAUUUUUUGAUUUGAUAUCAUCAAAGUUUCUUUCUGAGAGUAGAUAUUCAACCUCUGUCCAGGCGGCUGCUGCUAGACUUCUUCUAAGCUGCUCUCUUACUUGGAUUUAUCCUCAUGUUUUUGAAGAACCAGUUUUGGAGAACAUCAAAGCUUGGGUGAUGAAUGAGACUGCUAGAUUUUCUAUUGAAGAUCACAAUUGCAAGCAAGACUUGGCUAGAAAGGAAGCCUCAGAUGUUGAAAUUUUAAAAACCUAUUCCACUGGACUUCUUGCUGUGUGUUUGGCGAGUGGUGGUCAAGUAGUGGAAGAUGUGUUAACUUCUGGAUUGUCUGCUAAGCUUAUGCAUUAUCUUCGUGUGCGUGUCCUUGGGGAGAUUACUGUAGGUCAAAAUGAUGCCUGCCAUUUAUCUGAAACUAAGAGUUUAUCCGGUGCCACUUCUUUCAGAAGUCGAGAUGAAGGUCGAGGGAGGGUUCGGCAGGUUCUAGAGACAAUUCAUAUAGAUGAUGCCAGAAUAAUAGAUGAGCAAUCUUUCAAUGAUCAUUGUGCUGAGUGGGAUCGAGAACGAAGCACUAGUCGGCAAUCAUGUGGAGAGGAGUGUUGUGUUGGUGACAGACAACUACCUGAUGGGGUGACUGAGGUGGUUAACAUGCAUGAUGUGGAUGCUGAUAGCGAGGAAAGAUGGUAUAUUCGAGAUAUUCGUGAUGGAAAAAUGAGAUAUGGAGAAGUUGAUGAAAAUGGGAGAGAUGACUCCUCGAGGCGCAGGAUAAACCGUGGUUCAGCUAGGUCUAGAGGUAAGGGAAGGACCACUGAAGGGAUUAUAGAGAAUGAACAAUCGCUAAUCUCUCCAGGCUCUGGUAGUCCUUUUGGACUGACACAUAGUAUGAGAGACAGAAGUUUGUCUAAACAUUUAGAUGCGAGAAAGGUGUUGGAGGGAAAGAAGUGUGUUGGAAAGACCAACGCUGAUAAUCUGGUAUUGGAAAGGGAGGAUAAUGAUGAAUGCUUUCAAGGAUGCAGGGUUGGAAGUAAAGACUUCUCUGAUCUGGUAAAAAAAGCGGUUAGAGCUGCUGAAGCUGAAGCUAGGGCAGCCAACGCACCUGUUGAAGCUGUCAAAGCAGCUGGUGAAGCUGCAGCUGAAGUUGUCAAGUGCGCCGCUUUAGAGGAGUUCAAAACUACUAACAAUGAAGAAGCUGCAUUAUUGGCUGCUUCCAAAGCUGCAUCUACUGUUGUUGAUGCUGCUAAUGCCAUUGAAGUUUCAAGGGACUCCACUAGUACAAGUGCUGAUCCAAUAAAUAAAAGUGCUGUGGAAACAGAAGUAAGUGAGGACGUUGAAGAGUAUUUUAUUCCCAAUGUUGAGCUGCUGGCACAUUUGAGAGAAAGAUACUGUAUUCAGUGCCUUGAGACUUUAGGUGAAUAUGUUGAAGUCCUUGGGCCUGUACUGCAUGAAAAGGGUGUAGAUGUUUGCCUUGCCCUCUUGCAACAAAGUUCCAAGUUCGAAGAAGCAUCAAAGGCUACUUCUCUUUUGCCUGAUGUGAUGAAGCUAAUUUGCGCUUUAGCUGCCCAUCGGAAGUUUGCUGCAUUAUUUGUUGAUAGGGGUGGCACGCAAAAACUGCUUGCUAUUCCAAGAGUUGCUCAAAAUUGUUUUGGUCUGUCUUCUUGCUUAUAUACUAUCGGUUCACUUCAGAGAAUAAUGGAACGUGUCUGCGCGCUUCCUUCUGAUAUUGCCCACCAGGUGGUCGAGUUAGCUAUCCAACUUCUUGAAUGCCCCCAGGAUCAAGCUAGGAAAAAUGCAGCAUUAUUUUUUGCUGCUGCAUUUGUCUUCAGAGCGGUGCUUGAUGCUUUUGACACUCAAGAUGGCUUACAGAAACUACUGGGCCUUUUAAAUGAUGUUGCCUCAGUAAGAUUUGGGGCAAAUUCCGGUGCAUUAGGCUUGUCUGGAACAACAUCAUUUCGAAAUGAUAGAUCGCCAUCAGAUGUGCUGACUCCCUCAGAAAAGCAGAUAGCUUAUCAUGCAUGUGUUGCUUUGCGGCAAUACUUCCGAGCUCAUCUUCUUUUGCUUGUGGAUUCCAUACGCCCAAAUAAAAGUAACCGGAGUGGGGCACGGAGUAUUCCAAGCAUCAGGGCAGCAUAUAAGCCGCUCGACAUUAGCAAUGAGGCUAUGGAUGCCGUGUUUCUGCAGUUGCAGAAGGAUCGCAAGCUGGGUCCUGCAUUUGUGAGAACUCGUUGGUCUGCUGUUGAGAAGUUCUUAAGCUGUAAUGGACAUAUUACCAUGUUGGAAUUGUGUCAGGUGUCCUGCAUCAAACUUCUACAUCAGCCCCCCUUCCCCCUCCUGCCCCUUGGUUUAUCAUUUUCUGCCUCAUCUUUGGGUGUUCUGCACAUUGUUACAUUGGUGCCAGUCAGCCGCAAGAUGAUUGUAAAUGCCACGCUGAGCAAUAAUCGCAUUGGCAUAGCGGUUAUUUUGGAUGCAGCAAAUAGCGCUAGUAGCCUUGUGGACCCUGAGAUUAUACAGCCAGCUCUUAAUGUUUUAAUUAACCUAGUUUGUCCUCCACCUUCAAUCAGCAAUAAACCAUCCUUAUUAGCUCAAGGUCAGCAGUUAGCUUCUGGUCAAACCACAAAUGGUCCUGUUGUGGAAACUAGAAAUGCAGAAUGCAAUAUUUUGGAUCGAGCUGUUUACCUGCCUAACCAGAGUGAGAUGAGGGAGCGAAGUGGAGAGUCGAGUUUGGUAGACAGGGGCACUGCAUCUGGCACCCAGUUGUUCAGCGGUACUGCUCAAACAACUGUUUCUGCUGCUCCGUCUGGGUUGGUUGGAGAUCGUAGAAUAUCCUUAGGUGCUGCAGCAGGUUGUGCCGGCCUUGCUGCACAAUUAGAACAAGGAUAUCGUCAAGCGAGAGAGGUUGUCCGUGCCAAUAAUGGCAUAAAAGUUCUACUGCAUCUCCUCCAACCCCGCAUAUAUUCACCUCCUGCUGCUUUGGAUUGUCUUCGUGCCCUUGCAUGCAGAGUCUUGCUUGGUUUAGCUAGAGACGAGACAAUUGCACAUAUAUUGACCAAGCUUCAGGUUGGCAAGAAGCUAUCUGAACUGAUUCGAGAUUCAGGUGGCCAGACACCUGGAACUGAGCAAGGCAGGUGGCAAUCUGAACUUGCCCAGGUGGCAAUUGAGCUAAUUGCUAUUGUUACAAAUUCUGGGCGUGCAAGUACGUUGGCAGCUACAGAUGCUGCUACACCUACAUUGAGGCGGAUAGAGAGAGCUGCUAUAGCUGCUGCCACUCCUAUUACUUACCAUUCCAGGGAGCUUUUGCUUCUCAUACAUGAACAUCUGCAGGCAUCUGGUCUGCCUGAAACUGCAGCUUCACUUCUGAAAGAAGCUCAAUUGACACCUUUGCCAUCCUUGGUGGCCCCUUCAUCUCUUGCACACCAAGCCUCCACGCAAGAUACUCCUUCAAUACAACUCCAGUGGCCCUCAGGUCGUAUCUCUGGUGGAUUUCUUUCCAGCAGAUCAAAGAUUGCUGUCCGGGAUGAUGAUAUUAAUUUGAAGUGUGAUUCAACUUUAUCUUUAAAGAAGAGAUCACUUGUUUUCUCUCCCACUUUUGGUUUACAACCAAGAAAUCACUUCCAUUCCCAAGAUUCCCAACCACCAUCUGUUAGGAAAGUAGUCACUAGUUCAAAAACAUGUCCUUUACCAGCAAGUGUUUCAGAAACUCUGAUGGAAUCAAUUCUGAAAAGUAACGUUGAUUCAGAAUUGCAAUGUAAGACUCUUCUUGUGUUGCCAAUGAAAAGAAAAUUAUUCGAGUUAAAGGAUACUGGAUUGACAUUUUCUGGCAAGCGAUUCAACACUGGUGAUCAUGGACCACGGUCUCCUGUUUAUCUGACACCCAAUGCUAGUUGUAGAAAUUGUCUGCUUGCAGAUGCUGCUGCAUUGACGCCAACUUCUACAUUAAGGGAUCAACAUGUUCGAGCAACACCGAGCAGCUUAAUUGAUUUGUCAGAUGACAACCUAUGUGGUAGCUCUCAUGUGGGACAGAUGACACCUUCCUCCCAAGUUGGGCCUCUAAAUGAUCCCCAACCCAGCAGCUCAGAAUGUUUGAGUCUCGACACUAUAGUUGUUCAGUAUCUAAAGCACCAGCAUCGUCAGUGCCCUGCUCCUAUAACGACUCUUCCACCACUCUCUCUUUUACAUCCACAUGUUUGUCCUGAGCCAAAACGAAGCUUUGAUGCACCAUCAAAUAUCACUUCCCGGCUUGGUACUCGUGAGUUCAGGAGUGGUUAUGGUGGAGUCCAUGGAAAUCGCAGGGAUCGUCAGUUCGUUUACAGUAGAUUCAGGCCAUGGAGAACUUGCAGGGAAGAUGCUGGCACUUUGUUGACAUGUGUCUCUUUUCUGGGGGACUCCUCCCAUAUUGCAGUUGGUAGCCAUGCUGGGGAUUUAAAAAUUUUUUAUUCUAACAGCAACAAUGUGCUGAACAGCUACACAGGCCACCAGCUUCCUGUGACUCUUGUUCAGUCAUAUUUUUCUGGUGAGACCCAAAUGGUUCUCUCAUCAAGCUCUCAGGAUGUGCGGUUGUGGGAUGCCUCUGUCUCAGGCAGGGCUAUGCAUUCAUUUGAAGGCUGCAAGGCUGCUAGGUUCAGCAAUUCCGGGAGCAUUUUUUCUGCCCUAUCCGCAGAUUCCACCCAGCGAGAAAUUCUCCUUUAUGAUAUCCAGACCUACCAGUUGGAAUUGAAGCUUUCUGAUGUGUCAGAUAAUUCUACAGGUCGUAGUCAUGUAUAUUCUCUUAUACAUUUUAAUCCAUCUGAUACUAUGCUGCUGUGGAAUGGUGUUUUAUGGGAUCGCCGGGUCCCAGGUCCUGUUCAUCGCUUUGAUCAGUUUACAGAUUAUGGUGGUGGUGGUUUUCAUCCUGCUGGGAACGAGGUUAUCAUAAAUUCCGAGGUUUGGGAUUUGCGGAAGUUCAGGCUACUCCGAAGUGUACCUUCUUUAGACCAAACAGCAAUAACCUUCAAUGCACGUGGGGAUGUAAUUUACGCAAUCCUGAGGAGAAAUCUUGAAGACGUGAUGUCAGCAGUCCACACCCGUCGUGUGAAGCAACCUCUAUUUGCUGCAUUCCGCACAUUAGAUGCCAUCAAUUACUCUGAUAUUGCCACUAUUCCAGUGGAUCGAUGUGUUCUCGACUUUGCAACUGAACCAACCGAUUCCUUUGUUGGGUUGAUCACAAUGGAUGACCAAGAAGAGAUGUUUUCAUCGGCCAGAGUUUACGAAAUUGGUCGUCGAAGGCCAACUGAUGAUGAUUCUGAUCCUGAUGAUGUAGAAAGUGAUGAGGACGAAGAUGAUGAUGAUGAUGCCGAUGUAGACCCAAUACUUGGGCCAGAUAUCAAUGGGGAUGGUGAAAGUGAUGCAGAUGAAAUGAGCAAUGAGGAUGAUGACGGUGUGAGUGAGCUUGAUGAUGAUGAUGAUGGGGAUUUUAUCAUGAAUGAUGGAGACUUCGAUGGUGGAGGUGGAAUAUUGGAGAUUGUGACUGAGGGUGAGGAUGAUGACGAUGACAGCCGGUUGGUCGAAUCUUUUAGCAGUGGUGAUGAAGAGGAUUCUAUGGGUAAUGGCUUUGGUUUCUAAUUUGACAUGAUAGGCAAAAAUGCUGGUCAUCAUGCUUUUAGAAUAGUGGAAAAUCGAAAUGUUUUUAAUUUUUAUUGUUUUUCUCCUUUGCCAAAUUUUUUACUCGAGAAAAUUUUCAGGAUCUGUUACUGCCUCGAAAAGUUUUGAUCCGUCGCUGGCUUUCUGUUACUAAUUAAAGAAAAAAAGAUUUCUUCUACUGUAUUUUGAUUUUGAUGUGGGAAUAGAAUGGACUGUAGUAGGCUAUAGAGGCGAUUGCGGCGAAGCCCCAAUUGUUCAGAAUCGUCAGGAAAUGGGCACUGGCGUCCAUGUUCAAAUCUUUGUUUUCCAAGCAGCUCCUUUGCUUCCAUGGGUUGAAGUUUGAAUUAAUUCUUGAUUCUUCUUCCUCUUUUUCUUUAACAAGAAAAUGUGAUUAUUGCAGGAGUACAUAUUCUUGUUUGACGAAUUUCUCGGUUCUUGGUACUUUCUUCCUCCCACGGCCAGGCUCUAAUUAAUUACUUGGUAAUUAAAU